AUGUUUGGCGCGGUUCUUCCCAACGGGAAUGCGGCAGCGGCGGCGAAGGUUGAGCUUUUCGCUGACGGUCGGUUUAAUCCGACGGCUAUUGUGACGGAGCCGGUGCCUCCUCCGGUGGACUCCGACAAACUGGAUUCACCCCCUGCCGCCAAUGGAGGGAAGGCGGAUAAGAGGGAGAUAGUGUUAGGGCGGAACAUGCACACCACGUCCUUGGAGGUCACGGAGCCUGAUGCAGACAACGAAUCCACUGGAGAUAAGGAGGCCUACAUGGCUAGCGUCUUGGCUCGUUACCGUAAGACUCUUGUCGAGCGGACCAAGUAUCAUCUAGGGUAUCCAUACAAUCUGGAUUUUGAUUAUGGAGAUCUUUCACAGUUGCAGCAUUUCUCCAUUAAUAACCUUGGUGAUCCAUUUAUUGAGAGCAACUAUGGUGUCCACUCAAGGCAGUUUGAAGUGGGUGUUUUAGAUUGGUUUGCCCGUUUGUGGGACAUUGAAAAAGAUGAAUACUGGGGUUAUAUUACAAACUGUGGGACUGAGGGGAAUCUUCAUGGAAUCCUUGUUGGGAGAGAAGUCUUUCCUGAUGGAAUUUUGUAUGCUUCAAGAGAGUCACACUAUUCAGUGUUUAAAGCUGCACGAAUGUAUAGAAUGGAAUGCGUAAAGGUUAACACUUUAAUCACUGGUGAGAUUGAUUGUGCAGACUUCAAGAUUAAGCUUCUUCCUAACAAAGAUAAACCAGCAAUUAUCAAUGUUAACAUAGGAACAACUGUGAAGGGGGCUGUUGAUGAUCUUGAUCUUGUUAUACAAACCCUUGAAGAAUGUGGGUAUUCACAUAAUCGGUUUUAUAUACACUGUGAUGGAGCCCUCUUUGGACUUAUGAUGCCAUUUGUGAAACGUGCACCAAAAGUUUCUUUCAAGAAGCCUAUUGGCAGUGUUAGCGUUUCUGGUCACAAGUUUGUGGGAUGCCCAAUGCCCUGUGGCGUUCAAUUAACAAGGUUAGACCACAUCAAUGCACUCUCAAGCAACGUGGAGUACCUUGCUUCAAGGGAUGCCACCAUCAUGGGAAGCCGAAAUGGCCAUGCUCCAAUCUUUCUCUGGUACACACUGAAUAGGAAAGGGUACAAGGGCUUCCAGAAAGAAGUCCAAAAGUGUCUUAGGAAUGCACACUACCUAAACGACAAGCUUAGAGGAGCUGGAAUCAGUGCGAUGCUGAAUGAGCUUAGUAGCACUGUAGUGUUUGAGAGACCUAAAGACGAGGAGUUUGUUCGGCGCUGGCAGCUCGCUUGCGAAAGAAACAUGUCGCACGUUGUCGUGAUGCCCAGUGUAACAGUCGAGAAGCUGGACUGUUUUCUUGACGAAUUGAUUCAAGCUCGGUCAGUUUGGUACGAAGAUGAGAAUUCAAAACCUCCUUGUCUUGCAGAAGAUGUAGGGAUUGAAAACUGUUGCUGUGAUCUCCACAAAUGAUGCAAUAAUCCAGAAGGCCGCAGCUUCAUUCUAGGUUUGUGUUUGCCAGUGUGAUAGUGUAGUACCAAUUUUAGAUUUACAUUUGAAGUAAUAUGUUAUUGGGUUUCCAUGUCGCAGAAGUCGUCGUAUGUAUUAGUUCUGAAUCUAAUAGUCGUUGGUUUAGAAUUUGUUUCCUCGGGCUUUCAGUGUGACUUUUAAUUCUUACGAAUACGAAUGUAUUAUUUUCGUAUUCAUUUUAGUGUUCAAAACAAUAUGCACUACAUAUUAAUAAACCUGCGACACUUUCCUGACGA